AUGCAUCAUGGACUACCCCCGUUCCCUAGACCGUCGGCUCAGCCACCACCGGAGGUUAAUGUCGUGAAACCAGCACCGCACUACGACAUAAAAUUUGUGGAGCGGGAUAUGCACACAUAUGUUCGCAUGCCUGCGCUACUAAAGUGGAGUGAAAAAGGCUUCGGAGAGUUGAUUUGCGCCGCUAGUAUUUACACCUGGAAUUCGGUGAGCUACAGGGUUGCGUUUGAUACUGAUACGCUGCUGGAUGACUCGCUUAUCACUUCCGAAUUUUCAUCAAGCUACAUACAGGGACAGCAGUUCUUUCUCGACCUUCUUCUGCAAGAUGUCCACUUUAUUGGAGAAAAUCUGGGGCCUUUUGUUGACAACACCAGCUCGGUGAAAGUGCAGACUGUAAAAGCGAGACGCUUAUCCAGGAAAGAUGACAACUUCACAUUUCCUUUAUUGAAAGCGCAGCAUUGCCAAAUUUCCUCGUAUAUGGCACUCCGUGGCGAUCGAAAUGGAACCGUUUUUGAGGGAUGGAACAAGAACAUUGAUGAGUUUUGCCACGUUUUCCUGCCACUGCAAAAAUGUUCCAGACAAACUGAUCACAUCUGUCCUUCUCAAUUGUCAAUGCUUCCUCUAACCGGAAAACGAGUACCAAUGCCCAAUUGGUUACAUCGAUUGUUCAAGGAUAUUCGAAAGCUCAAAUACCUCUUGGUGGACUUUGAAGUGUACAAAGGUUGGCAUCACGCAUUUGGGACGGUCACUGGAUUUGUAGACACUCAACAAAUACCUACUCGUGAAAUUAUGGAAGUCACAAUUGAAGAUGUUCAAUUUAAUGUUAAUUACGGAGUACAGAAAAUUGAACAAUCCAUUCGACAUUCAGAGGAAGCACGGCAAAAACUCCUCGGAGCGCGCUGCCUAAUGUAUCUUCACCUUAAUUUGCCAGGAUGGGGUUUGCCACAUUACUCGGUUCGUUUAUGGCAACCGGAAAACGAGGAGCUUCGCAAACUUUGGAAAGAAUGUGACGGUCGGUCUUCGUUGAAUGAAUAUCCAUUAGGCCCAAUUGAACCACCACUUUCGCAGUAUUAUUAUGAUUUUAUAAGUGGUGCUACCAAGUGUUCGUUGACAGCGGGAACAGUUGCAAAUGAAAGGAUCUACGAGGCAAUUGAUUUAGAUUUGGAGGGCUUGGAUCUUAAUGAACCACAAGCAACAAAGUCUUUUUCGAUAAAUAUGGACAAUCAAAGCCUUUUGGCAACUUUAUCACUUACUGGUUUUUCGCUUCAUCAAAACGAUGACAAGGGAGUUCUACAUCCAAUUAUCAGGAACAAGGAUUGUUUAGAUGAUGUGCUUGAACAAACAGGACACCCCUAUCCUACUGACAAAGCGUAUCGUUGUGACAGGAUUCCACCUACUGUUAAAUUCACGUAUGAGCCAAAAUGGCGUGUUUGGAUGGACUCUUCAGUGCAUAACGAUAAGCGACUGCGUCAGAUUAUCUCGGCUGCAAAGCAUCAAUUGACUCGUGAACCAGAAGCCUUGUCAUCUGGAUUUAGAUUGCGAAUUGACUGGAAAUCAUUCUUCCUCGAUUUACGAGAUCGACCAGGUCCAUUGACUAAAAAGGACGUUCAUGCGGCUGUUCACCGAAUUGUCACCGAACGUUUCCAACUGCUGGAAGAGCAAGAGCAUCCCAUUGUUGAAGAGGAAACAAAUAAAGUGCAACAAGCACCUAAGUCUCCGAAAAAAGAAGAUUUCGCACGGCGUCAACAGCGUAUUCUUGAACGAAUUCGAAAUGCGCCGCCGAUACCUGAUGGAUUUUGGCCUACUCUCAGGGGGCUUUCAAAUCUGGAGAACUUAGGCGCCGAGCCGGUGAGAGAAGUUCCAAAACAAGAGCCGGUUUGCGAAAAGUUGAUAGAUAUCGAU